AUGGGAACCCUCGUGACCCGUAAAGAUAUCCCCCCGUGGGUGAAAAUUCCUGAAGACCUGGAAGAUCCAGAAGUAUUCCAAGUCAACACGCUGGUGCUAGAAUCUCUGUUUGGCCGUCAGAGAUCUCGAAUGCCUCAUAUCGAGCAGGUGAGCCAGUCCAUGUUUGAGCUGAAGACUCUGGAAUCUUCCGAACUAACCGAGGUCUUAAUUUAUGGCUCUGCCAACCAAAAGCUUCGGGCUAAAUGGAUGCUUCAGUGUAUGGCUGAGAGGUACCGCCUGCGCCAGGAAAAAGGAAUGCUCAAGCUGCAGGAAUCCAUGAAGACCCUGGAACUAGACCAGUGUUUGGAGUGAAGCCAGUUUCCAGACAUUGUGGCUCCCACCUGGACACAGGUUAAGCUGUGGCCAGUGGUUCCUGGGUGAUUUU